UUCCCAGUUUCUAUCUCUAACUCUUAACUCUACGUCUCUUAUACAUUUGGUUAUGUGAAUUCCCUUUUAAUAUAAUCCACAUGUUUACCUCUAAACCGAGCUUGUGUCACCCUCUAGUAUUUCAUAACCCCUAGCGUUUUUCAAAGUUCAUCCGUCGCUUCGCUCCUAAUUUGCUCCUAAUUUGCCCCGAGUCCGCUCCGGUGACCGGCCUCGACUCAUAACCGUUGGUGAAUUACCUUUACAGGAUAUUUUUCAGGCCAAAUUCCUCCCAACCCUUUAUUCUUUCUUCUCCCCCCCAAAAAAUGCUCAGAACAGUCUCCAGCCAUAUUUUUAGGUCUGCCCGUGUUGUGGGUUCCCACAGAGUGGCUAUACCACGCGUCGUGGGCCCGCGCAUCUUUGCACGUGCGGUCCAGCUCACCAGCGAAACCUACCCGAACCUCCAGCGCACUGCCUUUGCGAAGCUCACGGAGGAGGACAUUGCGCACUUCAAAACCAUCCUCGCGGACAGCGCGGUCAUCCAGGACACUGAUAUGCUCCUCUCAUAUAAUGAGGACCAAAUGCGCAAGUAUCGCGGGCAGUCGCGCCUCGUGUUAAAACCAAAGACUACGGCGCAGGUCGCACAGAUUGUCGCGCACUGUAAUGCACGCGCGCUCGCGCUUGUGCCACAGGGUGGGAACACGGGUUUGGUUGGGGGCUCCGUACCCGUUUUUGAUGAAAUCGUCCUUUCCUUGGCCAGCCUCAAUAAUAUCCGCGCAUUCGAUGAGGUUUCCGGGAUUCUCACGUGCGACGCCGGGGUUGUAUUGGAAAACGCGGACAACUACCUCGCAGAGCGCGGUUACAUCUUCCCAUUGGACUUGGGCGCGAAAGGUUCGUGCCACGUGGGUGGAACCGUUGCGACGAAUGCAGGAGGCUUGCGUCUCUUGCGUUACGGCUCGCUUCACGGGACGGUGCUAGGGUUGGAGGUGGUGCUCCCUGAUGGAACCGUGUACAACUCGCUUCAUGCAUUGAGAAAGGACAACACCGGAUACGACAUCAAGCAGUUGUUCAUCGGCUCUGAGGGCACGUUAGGGGUGAUCACCGGGGUCUCGAUCCUCUGUCCCGCACGCCCAAAAGCGAAGAACAUUGCGUUUUUGGGGGUGCCGUCGUACGAGGCGGUGCUCCAGACCUUUGCGCACGCGCGCGGUGAGUUGUCCGAAAUCCUCUCCGCGUUCGAGUUCAUGGACCGCCGCUCGCAGGUGCUCUGCGGUGAGUUCCUCAAGACGGACGCCCAUCCGUUGGAGGACGAGCAUCCGUUCUACGUAUUGAUUGAGACGUCUGGCUCCAACAAGGAGCAUGACGACGAGAAGCUAGAGGCUUUCCUUGAGUCCGCCAUGGAGGAGGGUUUGGUGGAUGACGGUGUGCUCGCUCAGGACGAGACGCAGUUGCGCAACUUGUGGGAGUGGCGCGAGGGAAUCUCUGAGGCGUCCCAGAUCUACGGCGGUGUCUAUAAGUACGAUGUGUCCUUGCCGUUACCAGAGCUUUAUGGCUUGGUCGACGCGGUGAACGAGCGUUUAGCCGAGCAUGGCUUGAUCGGUGAGACCGACGAGUUUCCGGUUAAAGAGGCCGUGGGGUACGGGCACGUCGGUGACGGGAACUUGCACUUGAAUGUGGCGGUUAGACGCUAUACGAAGGAGGUUGAGAAGUGUUUGGAGCCGUUUGUGUAUGAAUGGAUUGCCGAAAAAAAGGGGUCGAUUAGCGCCGAGCACGGCUUGGGCUUCCAGAAGAAGAACUACAUUGGGUAUUCCAAGUCCGAAUUGGAGAUUCUGUUGAUGAAGCAGAUCAAGGGACAGUAUGAUCCAAAGGGAAUUAUGAAUCCGUACAAGUACAUAUAAUCCAGAGCGAAACAGAGGAUUGGUUGAUGGAUCCAUGGCCUAUAUCUUAGUAGCAGCUUUUAUGAGCUCGUGUGAGCUAGCAAAGCUAUGAUAUACGACGAAUGAGUUAUAAUUUUAUUGUAAGUCAAGUAGAAUGGAUUAGCAAAGCUGAAUUAAGCAUUCCAC